UGGUUAAAACUAUGAGGAUUUGACUGUGACGUUUCAAAAUAUGCGUAUGCCAAAAAUCUAGCAACACAAGCAGCUAGUGAGUCAGUUCUGAAAGUUCAACAAUGCUGAGACGUUGAUAAAAUUUUUUUCUUACUAACAGGCAAUGCCAUGAUUGUAUCUGGAUUCACACAAAGGUUUCAUGAUCGUGACCUUUCCCAUACCAGUGUUCAGGAUCAUGAACACUGUUUUUCGUGUGUGCGACAGAUAUGUCGCAUUCAGCCUGAUAAUAUUAAAAGCUGUCAGCACAUUCAAUGCCCUAGAGGAUGUGGCCACCACUAUCAUGCCUGCAAGGAAGCAGAACACAGUCUUCUGUGCCUAGAGGAACGUGUGGCCUGCAUUAAUCAAGGCAAUGGGUGCCCUGUGAUUUUAGUGCGGAAAAAAAUGCCCCAACAUAUCCCUGUGUGCCCUGCCAGUGUUGUCACCUGUAAUGCUGAGUGGAAUAGACUUCCUUUAUACACAAUGGAGCAAGGUAAAGACACUAUCCCAACUUUGCCAGAAGCUAAAACCUAUGUUGAUUGUGGUCAGCUGGAUGUAGCCUUCGCUUUGCGUGACCAGAGAGUCCUUAUUGACAUGAGGAAUGCACCAAAGCGUACUAAAUUUCGCAGCCCCUUCAGCCUCAAACCUCCAUUUUCUCAGGAUGGUUACCAUUCAACACCUUCUUCAUCUGCAAGUGUAGAUGGAGAAAGAACAAAUGAUGAUUACAACAGACAUAUUGACCCCCAGACAUCGAGUCUUGGGAACAGUAUGUAUAAUCAUCUUGUUGAUGCAUCUAAAGAAGCUGCACACUGUCUUACAUCAGCACUGGAUAUUGUUUCCAGCCACAUGGCUCAUGGAUAUGUGGGCCAUAACGAGGAACGAUCAUUAUUACAACAGAAGACCUUGGCAUCCAGUGUGGAUGUUCUUCCAGGGGAAGGUUCUUCUAUUAGUGAUGGCUCCAGACCUGUAGAUGAAGCAUAUUUUGGUGAUACUUGCUUGUCUCAAGGUACUAUCGUCGAUGUUAAGAAUCAGGGACAGCAUUAUCAAGAGGGCACAGCUUCACACAAUGUCAGCUUAGAUCAGAAAGUCCAGGACAACCAACAGCUACAUCAUUUGCUCUGUGUCAACAUCAAUGUGGAGAGCAUCACGAAGUACCAACCCAAACCACCAAAUAUGUACACUUUUUUAUGCAACCAGUCUUUUCGUCGUGACCAAUUUGUGCAUCACUUUCGUAAUGUGCACUGUGAGAUUCAAGCAGGCUUGCAUGGCUGGAUAGAACAACGCUGCCCUCUAGCAUAUCUUGGCUGCCCAUUUUCUUUCCGCCGGUUCCAGCCAUCUCCACCAGGUUCAAGCAUCUGCCACAGCUGGCUUUUGGAGAGCUUUGGACUUGUCUCUAACUGUCUUAGAGAUCAACCACUUCAUCAGACUCCAGAACAUUUAAUUUCUCAUUUGACUAGCAGGAAAGAUCUAAGCAGCAGAGUAGGACAAAGUCAGGAAAACUUAAGCAUAGAAGAAAUGGCUGGAUCAAGCAGUAGCACUUUAAAAAAUUUUGACCCAGCAUUUGGUCAUGUGGAUAAUUGCAACUUGCAUGACAAAAUUGUAAGUAUUAGCAAUGUGGAGCGUGGCCAUGUGGGUAAGCCAGAAAGUUCUUGGAGUGAACCAAGUCUAUGGAAUUUACAUGUCAACAUGGAGACAGAUAAAUCAGAUUUUAUUACCACCAAACAACACAAUGCCUUGCCUGCAGAAAAAGGAAAAACACCGUCUACAUCAUCAGAUACUCAUAAUGAAGCAUGUACUCAGGAUUAUGUGCAACAAGAGUUGAAGUGUGGUGAUCAACUGGUGCCAACCACUAGGCAAACCUCUCUUCCUCACUGUCAGCAUGCCAUUUUGGAGAGAAAUUACCCAGACAGGAAAAUACAUGUUGCAGGAAGGUCUACCUAUAGUCAUCUUCCAGCAGUAGAUUCUCCUCCUCUUCCAAAAAGGGAUGAUAAUGUGAUACAAAGUGGCCAUACAGAGAUUGUCAAAAGACCACCACCGCUUGAUGGAAAUGAAAAACUGCUUCGGCCUGUGAUAUACACUGGAUAUAGCUGGGAUUCUCCUAUCAAGGUCGACUAUGUCCCUCUUACUGAAGCUGAAGACAGUGGUGUGAGGUUAGGAACUGGCUCUAUAUCCUUGAAUGACCUGCCAUCAGAGAUUUUGCGCCACAUUGCUCGGUUUUUGGACAGCUUUUCGCUCUUUAACCUGUCUCUUGUUUCACGACUCAUGCGAGAUAUCUGCAGUAGUCUUCUGGAUGAGCUUGGCAUUGUGACUUUGGUAUGGGAGCCAUAUACAGUGGGGCAGAGAGUUUCUUGGCAUGUGGUGGGAAAACGUUGGACAUUCAGUACAAGCUUCCAUCUAGUUAGGAGUUGGCAAUUUAGCAGUCAUAAUCCCAUCAGUCAGCAUCUGCUAAAAUGCCCUUACAACCAAGACAAGGUGAUCAACUCUGAACGCUUUUCCUUAACACCACAGACAGAAUUGCCUAUGGAUCAGCAACUAAAGGAAGGAAGAGAACAGAAUCGCAAGCAAGAAAAGUGGAAAGGUUCCUCCUCUAUCUGGUUCACUCCAGUGUUAUUUGCUGGGGCAGAGGCUGAGGAUGAACCACAAGAAGUGGCUGAAGGAAGUGUCUGAAAGCUGACUUGAAAAUUGAAGGGUUAAAGUAUUCCUAGUACUUGUUCAAAGAGAAAACAGUGAUUUCUUCACUGCAUCAGUUUGUUGAAAUAUUUAUGUUAUUCAUUGCAUUAUCAUUGGUUGCUUUCAGUAAUUGUUGGAUUUUAUAAGUUUGAGGGGUGGAUUACUGGCAUGCUAUUUCUUUUUUUACGUGUUGAAGUUUCUCACCCUUGUUGCAACUGCUGGUGGUGGUGAUGGGAUUAAUUGUGGUGGAAGUUGAAUGACUGUACUGAUGAAUUUGAUUUACUUUGGUACUUUUAUCAUUUGUAAGAGUAUGUCCAUACUUGAUUCUUUUGGCCUGUUGAUGGUGUGAGAAAGGAGUGGUAAAAGGUAAAGGUCAGUACAUGACCUUUUUCAGAUCAUUAGGAAAUGAAGUGUUUGAGGCCUCUUUUUUCCUUGGGGCCAGCUUUGUGUGAGGAUGGUGCCCUUCUCCCUCCCUUACUGCCUUACCUUCCCCAACCCUCUUUGGAGUCAGGUACCCAUUACCACCAGCUGGGUCGACUGGGGAAAGUGAGCUGUUCCACAUGGGUAUUGAAUUGGGGGGCCUCUAAGUUUGAAUGCCAGCACUCUAACCAUUUGGCUAUCUGCUGCCUCAGAAAAGUAGUGGACUUGCCUGCAAACAUUGCAUUGAGUGCUAAGUGUAAAUAUAUUGUCCAGAGUUUGCAGAACACAGCCCUAUUCACCACAUUUUCAUAUAGUCAUAUAGCUUUCCCAAAAUUCUGUGGUACAAUAAUCGAAGAAAUUUGUGUAUGUGUGUGUGAGAGAGAGAGAGAGAGCAAGGAAGAAGACUAAAGAUAAUCUGGCAUUACUAACCAGUUGGCUAGCCUGCCUCAUGACAAUUUUCAUUAUUUAAUACUUAUUGCAUGAUUGGUUCAAGCAAUUUUCAUAUAGCAGUAUACAGAAACUUACAUAUUAUUUUGUUUUUUUUUUGCUAAUGUCAGUAGGAUUUGUUUUUAAUAGCAUUGAUAAAAAGAGGUGCAGCAUUGUGUAGUGUGUUUUUUUUUUCAAAAUCAGCCACUUUUGCUGUUUUACAUACAGAAAAUUCUUUUUAUUGUGCAGUGCAGAAUUUAUUUUUCAGCCCUCAACUGGAUCUGGAUAGAUUUUUGUCCAAAUAUUUUAAGGUUUUCUGAGAUAUAUUUGAUAUAGCAAAAAAAAAUUUUUUGUCUCCUAUUGUUUUCUUUGGUAACUGGAUGGACAUUAACAAUCAUGGGUUGGAUUUUGAUGUAGGCUGCACGCAUGAUGGUUACAUUUCUAAAAUGAAAGUUGAAUUGUGACAACCAUACCAAAAUAGAAUGAUACCAUAAUGUGACUGGUCGGUUGACUAUAGUGGAGGAAUACUGUAAAUAUUAGCAAUUUGUUUCUGGUCUGUGCAUCAUGACAAUCUGUUGUGUUUGUAAAUAUUUUAAAAAGUGUGAGAUGUAUCUGACGUAUCUGUAGAGUGUGUUGAGUUUUUUUAAAAGUGACUUUCAAGUGGAAAAAAUGGUAUAAUUAAGAUUAUUGAACUGAAGAAACUCUUCUCAGCUCUGGGUGCAUUCUAUCUACCACUUUAGCGCAACAAAUGGUCACAGUUAUAAAUAAAUUAAAGUUAGUGUUAAAGUGUUCAUAUGAAUUCAAGGUAAAAUAUUACGUUGCAAAUGGUAAACUCAGACAUUACAUUCCACAGAAUGUGGCAAUUGUUCCCUUAAUGAUUAUUAAUUAAAUUCUUUAGUAACAUAUGACACAAAUUGCCAUUGCUUGCUUAGGUAUUGAAAGAGCUAAUGUUAGUAAUUAUUAACAAAUAACAUAGUAUGCCUAGGUAUUGUAGUGCAUACCCUGGUAUACCACUUUGUAGUUUUGUGCUGUAGACAGUUCAAGUUGUCCAUCCUUUUAAUUGUACUUAUGCAUGUCCGUGGUAUAGUUGUGUAAUCUGAUCCUCUAUAAUUAUUUGCCCAGUCUUUCAUAGUUAUCUUCGUGUACUUAAUGGAUUUUGCCUUAUAAGAACUGCCAUGUUCAUUGCACUUAAAGGUCUUUCAUACUGAAUGCAAGAAACAAGUAGUAAAAGCAGGUGCUUCCUUCACAGAUGUUUUGUGUUAAAUGAAUGUAUGCAGUAGAGAACACAAUUAAAUAACAAUUGUUAUUUAGAGUUAUUGAUAUUUAAAGAUUAUUGGUUCACUUGUAGGGUUUUCUCAGAGUUUGAAUGUAAGUCUUUCUUUUGCAUUGGUCAGCAGCAUUGGUGGCUUUUGUUUGAGCCCCCUUCCCCUUUUUUUCCUACCAAUCCCCCUGGCUGCCUUUGGCAUGGCUUGGUGCCAUUAUAUUUAAACAAAUGCAUUUUGUUUGAGAAUUAUGUGAAAUUAGAAACCUUCGCCUUUAAGCUGGUUAAUUAAUUGCCAAGUCUCAGAAAUGUUUUAUUUAGAAAAUGUGCUUAUUAAGAAAACCACAAAAAUCAUGUCUUUUGAUUUAAAAAAAAGGACCAGAUGUGAUGCCAUUUCUUUAUUUUACACAGACCUGUUGACCUGUGUGGGAAACAGAAUUUACAGGAAAUAUCAGCAAGACCCCCAAAAUUUAAUUUAAUAUGAUCUCAUACUCUGGUUGUGGAUUUUGUUAGAUGGUACAAAAUACACAAAUACUCCAUUGUCAAA